AAACCAUCGCGACAAUGCCCGCCCUCCCAAAGACCCUCAACAGACUACCCCUGAAGCAAGCUGUUUCUGCCCUCAGAGAGAACUCGGCGAACGUCACCUUGUCGCCGAAUGUGAGGGCUCUGAGCAUGCGCUUCGUUGCAAAGAACUCGGAAGCCGGACCUCGUCAAUUCCUGAGACAAUAUGCCCCCUCUUUGGCCUACGCCAACCCCUCCCUCCCCAUCCACGUCCACCGCAUACCCGACCCUCGCUCAAAGCACAAGAACCCCGAGAACCCAGACAAGGAGGCUAUCGAGACUGGGCUGUUUGGAGGAAAGGGUGGGGUCAAGGAGAUGCCCAAGCCGGAGAUGAUUGUAGAGUUUCGUAAGUCUGUCGCAGAAGCAAGGUGAAACCGCAAGUUGACGUGG